AACGCGCGCAAUAAAGGUUUGGACCAUAGCUGGGCUCGGUCCUUUGGCAAGUUAUAUUUCUAAGUGCGAAUCAAUUUCGGGUUGUGUCCGCGUAUACCCUGUUUCGUUCAAACAUAAGUUGUGAGUACUGAAACAGAGGAUGCCUGCACGAUUCCCAGAGGUGCCCCAGAGGGAAGUCUCCGGACUCCAGAACGGAAACUCCGGAAGCUCCGGAGUAGGAGGCUUCACUCUGGACGAUGAUGUCGUCAUCUCCGGAAUCUCUGGAAGACUCCCGGAGAGCAGCAACAUCGAGGAGUUUAAGGAACAGCUAUUUGCCGGAGUUGACCUCAUCACCGAUGACGAAAGAAGAUGGCCUUCUGGCAUGUAUGGUCUGCCCACCAGGACCGGCAAGCUGAAGGACCUCAAGCACUUUGACGCUACUUUCUUCGGCGUCCAUGCCAAACAAGCCCACGUGAUGGACCCUCAGUUGCGAAUGUUGCUGGAACUGACCCAUGAGGCCAUCAUUGAUGCUGGUAUCAACCCACAGACAGUCCGAGGCUCCAAGACCGGAGUGUUCAUCGGAGUUUCUGCGUCCGAGUCUGACGAGUUCUGGACAGCUGAUCCUGAAAAGGUCAACGGCUACGGCCUCACUGGAUGCUGCAGAGCUAUGUUCCCCAACAGAAUUUCCUUCACAUUUGACUUUUCUGGUCCUAGCUACGCCAUCGACACCGCUUGCUCCAGUUCCUUGUUCGCCCUACACCAGGCCGUGGCUGCCAUGAGGUCAGGCCAGUGCGACGCUGCUAUCGUAGGAGGAGUCAACCUUCUGCUCAAACCCACCUGCUCCCUGCAGUUCCACAGACUUAGCAUGUUGUCCCCCCAGGGCAUGUGCAAGGCUUUUGACUCCUCCGGUAACGGAUACGUAAGGAGUGAGGCUGCUGUGGUCGUCUACCUUCAGAAGGCAAGAGAUGCCAAGCGUGUUUACGCAACCGUCGUAAACUCCAAGACCAACACUGACGGAUACAAGAGCCAAGGUAUUACCUUCCCCAUCGGAGCCAUGCAGAACCGACUGAUCAGAGAGGUGUACUCCGAGUGUGGUGUAAGCCCUCACGAAGUAGCCUACGUUGAGGCUCAUGGAACUGGAACCAAGGUUGGAGACCCCCAGGAAGUCAACUCCAUCGCAGACUUCUUCUGCAAGGACCGUCCCACUCCUCUGCUCAUUGGGUCAGUCAAGAGUAACAUGGGUCACUCCGAGCCGGCCUCUGGAUUGUGCUCUCUGGCCAAGAUAGUCAUCGCUAUGGAGGCCGGACAGAUCCCACAGAACCUCCACUUCAAGAACCCUAACCCAGACAUUCCCGCUCUGAACGACGGACGUCUACAGGUUGUCAACAAGAACUGGCCCUGGAACGGAGGCUAUGUUGCCGUCAACUCCUUUGGUUUCGGAGGUGCUAACGCUCACCUCCUUCUGCGCUCCAACCCCAAGCCCAAGGCUCCUGCCAUCCAGGACAACAUCCCCCGCGUCGUUGCUGUCAGUGGCCGAACCCAGGAGGCUGUCAACAACUGGCUUGACAAGAUCGAGAAGUCAAAGCGAGACGAUGAGUUUGUAGCUCUGCUCCACAACAUCCACAGCUCCAACAUCCCGGGACAUCUCUACAGAGGUUACACUCUCCUGGACGCCCCCACCCCUACCAGGGAUGUUUCGCAAGUGUCAGCAGACAAGCGCCCAGUGUGCUUUGUGUUCUCUGGCAUGGGUUCUCAGUGGGCGGGAAUGGCCAAGGGUCUGAUGAACAUCAAGCCUUUCGCAGACGCCGUCGAGAAAUGCGCUGAGGCCCUUCGCCCAGAGGGUGUUGACCUCAAGUCCAUCCUUCUCAGUGAAGACCAGAAGACCUUUGACAACGUCCUGAACUCCUUCAUCGCCAUCGCUACUUCUCAGGUUGCCCUGACUGAUGUCCUGACCUCCGUUGGUAUUGUGCCUGACGUGAUUGUUGGACACUCUGUAGGAGAGCUUGGCUGCGCUUACGCAGAUGGAACUCUCACGGCUCAACAGACUGUCAUGGCUGCGUACUCUCGUGGUCGUGCCAUCCUCGACUCCAAACUACCUCCUGGAUCUAUGGCCGCUGUCGGUUUGUCCUGGGAGGAGGUGAAGGCCCGUGCUCCCGCCGAGAUCCAAGCCGCUUGCCACAACAGUGAGGACUCUGUAACCAUCUCAGGUCCUCCCGACGCACUUAAGAAGUUCGUAGCUCAACUCCAGGCAGAGAACAUCUUUGCCAAGGAGGUCGCCAGCUCCGGAGUGGCAUUCCACUCCAAGUACAUCCAAGAAGCUGCUCCCAAGCUGAGGUCUCGAUUGGAGGCUCUUAUCCCGAGCCCCAAGCCACGCACACCCAGGUGGAUCAGUUCCAGUAUCCCCGAGGCAUCCUGGGGAACACCCCUCGCCCAGCAGUCUUCUGCGGCCUACCACGUCAACAACCUGUUGUCUCCUGUGCUCUUCCACGAGGCCAUCCAACAUGUGCCUGAAAACGCCAUCGUCAUUGAGGUUGCCCCUCACUGUCUGCUUCAAGCCAUCCUGAAGCGCUCUCUCGGUCCCAACUGUACCAACAUUGGACUGGUCAAGCGACUCAACACUGACAAUCUUACCUUCAUCCUCUCCAACCUUGGAAAGGUGUACAACGCCGGAGCCCAGCCCAAGUUCCAGAACCUGUACCCUCCCGUAUCCUUCCCCGUGUCUCGCAGCACUCCCAUGUUGGCUUCCAUGGUGGAGUGGGACCAUUCCAACGAGUGGGAGGUGGCUGACUUCUCUGGAAAGGGUGGUGGCCGAUCUGGUGAGAGUGUGAUUGAAAUUGAUCUAACUAAGGAAGCUGAUGCCUUCUUAGCCGGCCACGCGAUCGACGGAAGGGUUCUCUUCCCUGCUACUGGCUAUCUGACCCUGGUGUGGAAGACCUUUGCCAAACUACAAGGCAAAGACUACGAAGACACGCCAGUUAUCUUGGAAAAUGUGCAAUUCCACCGUGCCACUAUCAUGCCCAAGGAAGGAUCUGUCAAGUUCCUGAUCAACAUCUUUGAUGGAACGGGAGACUUUGAACUUGUGGAGGGAGGAAGCGUUGCCGUAUCAGGACGUGUCAGACUUCCGGAGGAUGUAGAGAAGGAACAGCUGACUCUCCCCCCACCACCCAAACCUCAGGGAGACUUCCUGGAUCUAGAAAGAGCCGACAUCUACAAGGACCUGCGUCUGAGAGGUUACGACUACACCGGAGUGUUCCGCGGCGUCUCACAGGCUGAUAACAAGGGUGUCACUGGUAAGCUGGACUGGAUCGGUAACUGGAUCUCAUUCAUCGACACCAUGCUUCAGUUCUCCAUCUUGGGUCUCAACACCCGAGAACUUUACUUGCCCACCCGUAUGCAGCGUGUCUGCAUUGACCCUCGCAAACAAAAGCAGAUCGUGGAACAGCUUGGAGAGAACAAGUCCCUGCCUGUCUACAUGUACCGUGACAUCGAUAUCAUCAAGUCUGGUGGAGUAGAAUUGCGGGGCAUGAAGGCCUCCCUCGCGCCCCGUCGUCAACAAACACAAGCCCCACCUAAACUGGAGCAGUAUACCUUCGUGCCUCUCACUGGUGACAAGCCUCUCCCAACCCAGUACGCUCUGACUAGCCUGCUACAACUCGCUUUGGAGAACUCGGCUGGCGCUCUCAAGCUCAAGGUGGUUGAACUCGGAACUGACCGAGUUCCUGAGAACAUCCUGGCUCCUCAGAUCAUUGACAUUCUGGAAGCUGAACCUAUGCUCAGUGUUGAGUACUCCGUAGUGUCUGGUGCUCCUGAGCUCUACAACCCCAUCAUUGAGCCCACUGGCGCCAAGUCCGUCAAGAAGGACAUCUCUGCUGGACCUAUUGAGUCCAAUGUCCAUCUGGCCGUUGGAGCAGACCUGUCCAGCAGCCCUAACCUAGCCAAUUUGGCCGACAGUGUCAAGGCUGGUGGCUUCGUGCUGCUAGAGGAGAGCCCAGAAGUUGUCGAGCCUGCUGUGAAAGUCCCUGGCCUUGAGAUUGUGUCCAGAAUCAAGGCUGAAAGAAGAGCUUACAUCCUGCUUCGCAAGUUGGUAGAACUGCCGACCCCGGUUGUGAUCAACGUGACUGAGAAGAACUUCAGCUGGGUGGAGCCAUUGAAGGAGGCACUGAAGGCAUCAGAGGCUGAAGGCAAGCACAUUCUGCUGGUUGGUCAGGGAGAAGAGACCCUGGGUCUGGUUGGCAUGAUGAACUGUAUCAAACAAGAGCCAGGCGGCAACAAUGCCAGGGCUGUCUUCAUCCAAGACCCGAAGGCUGCGGCAUUCUCACUGUCGUCGCCCCAGUACGCCGCGCAGCUGCGCAAAGGUCUGGUGCAGAAUGUGUUGCGCGCCGGUGUGUGGGGCACUAUGCGCCACCUCCAGCUGGACUCUGAAGACGCCACUCUGCAGGUGGAACACGCCUACAUCAACGCCAUCACUCGUGGAGACCUCUCCAGUCUCAAGUGGAUCGAAGGACCUCUCACCUUCUACAAGAAAGAAGACUUCCCCAAUGCAGAGAUGUGCACUGUCUACUACGCUCCUCUCAACUUCCGUGACAUCAUGUUGGCCACUGGUAAACUGCCACCCGACGCGCUUCCCGGUGAUUUGGCUGGCCAGGACUGUAUCCUGGGUCUGGAGUUCACGGGUAGAGACACCACCGGUCGCAGAGUGAUGGGUAUGGUGGCAGCUCGAGGUCUCGCCUCUACUGUCCUGGCUGAUCCUGGCUUCUUGUGGGAGGUUCCUGAAAAAUGGACUCUGGAACAGGCUUCUACCAUCCCUGUGGUCUACGCCACCAGUUACUAUGCGCUGGUAGUCAGAGGCAAGAUGAAGCGUGGUGAUAGUCUGCUCGUCCACGCUGGUACUGGUGGAGUCGGCCAGGCCGCCAUCGCCAUUGCUCUCCACAUGGGCUGCACAGUGUUCACCACCGUCGGCAGCAAGGAGAAGAGAGACUUCCUCAAGAAGACCUUCCCUCAGCUGACUGACAAAAACAUUGCCAAUUCUCGUGACACCAGUUUUGAACAACACGUUCUCAGAGAGACGGGAGGCCGAGGAGUCGACAUCGUACUCAACUCUCUCGCUCAUGAGAUGCUGCAGGCAUCUGUGCGUUGUCUUGCCAAGGAUGGACGAUUCCUUGAGAUUGGAAAGCUCGAUCUGUCCCAGAACACUGCCCUUGGUAUGUCCUUCUUCCUGAAGAACACCACCUUCCACGGUAUCCUUCUGGAUGCUCUGUUCGAUGCUGGAAGUGAAAACGAAGACAAGAAGGAAGUUGUUCGUCUAGUUACCGAGGGAAUUAAGAAUGGCGCAGUUAGACCCCUGCCAUGCACAGUGUUCUCCGAGAACCAGGUUGAACAAGGAUUCCGUUACAUGGCCACUGGAAAGCACAUUGGUAAAGUCGUGUUGAAGAUCAGAGAUGAAGAACCCCAGAAGAACCUCGUGCCCAAGCCUAAGCCCGUCACUGCUAUCCCCAGAACGUACAUGAACCCUGAGAAGUCAUACAUCUUGGCUGGUGGUCUGGGUGGUUUCGGUCUGGAGUUGGCCAACUGGAUGAUCUUCAGAGGAGCCAAGAAGAUCGUGCUGACCUCUCGUAGUGGUAUCAAGACUGGUUAUCAGUCACUGUGCGUCCGACGCUGGAGAGAGCAGGGUGUGCAGGUGUUUGUGUCUACAGCAGAUGUUACCAGCCUCGCCGGCGCUCAACAGCUGAUCAACGAGGCCAGCAAACUCGGCCCCGUCGGCGGCAUCUUCAACUUGGCUGUGGUGCUGAGGGACGCAUUCAUGGAGAACCAGAGUGCAGCUGAUUUCGCGACAGUAUGCAAACCCAAGGUGGAUGGAACCAAGAUGCUGGACACAGCUUCUCGCAAACUCUGCCCAGUAUUGGACUACUUUGUUGCCUUCUCCUCAGUAUCUUGUGGGCGUGGUAACGCUGGUCAGGCUAACUACGGUCUGGCUAACAGCGCCAUGGAACGCAUCUGUGAAGCCAGACAGGCUGCUGGACUCCCUGGAAUUGCCAUCCAGUGGGGAGCCAUUGGUGACGUCGGUUUGAUCCUGGAGACAAUGGGUGACAACGAGACUGUCGUGGGAGGCACUCUGCCGCAGAGGAUGUCCUCUUGUCUGGCGACCAUGGACAAGUUCCUGCAACAGCCUCAUGCUGUCCUGGCCUCCUUGGUGCUGGCUGAGAAGAGGAGAGCCGGAGGAGAAUCCAACCAGGUUGGACUACUGGAGGCGGUCGGAAACAUCCUUGGUAUCAAGGAUGUGUCGACAGUGAAUGCAGCUAACACCUUGGCAGACCUGGGUAUGGACUCCCUCAUGGGUGCUGAGAUCAAGCAGACGCUGGAGAGAAACUACGACCUGGUCCUGAGUGCCCAGGAGAUCCGAGGCCUGACCUUCGGCAAGCUAGGAGAACUGGCGGGAGGCAGCGGAGCAGGAGAUACCAAGGAAACUAACGGCACAGACGCUUCAGCCAAGGACACUACCCAGGUCCAGUUCCAAGCUGAGCUGGUUCCCAAGGAGACUAUCAUCCAGUUGCCGUCCAAGUCGUCCAGUGGUAACCCCGUUUUUAUCGUUCACCCCAUUGAAGGUGUUGUCAGCGCCCUUAAGUCCCUGGCUGCCGAACUACCUUGCCCUGUCUACGGUCUACAGUGCACAACCAAGGCUCCUCUAGAAUCCAUUCAGAAACUGGCCGCAUUCUACCUUCAGCAAGUCAAGUCAGUGCAGAAGUCCGGCCCGUACCUGCUGUCUGGUUACUCGUUUGGAGCGUGUGUUGCUUUUGAGAUGGCGCUGCUCCUGGAAGCCGCUAAGGAGAAGGUGAAGCUGGUCCUGCUUGAUGGAUCCCCCACCUACGUCGCGGCACACACUGGAAACUACAAGGCAAGACAGAAACCCGACAACAAGAAUGCCGAUGCUGACGCUCUCACAUACUUCAUCUCUCUGUUCAAGGACGACGUUGAUUUCAUUAAGAUCCAGAAGGAACUGCAAGCUCUGCCUUCCUGGGAGAAGAGGCUUUCCCUCGCCACUCAGUUACUGAAGGGCGCAACUCCCUUCCCUGAGAACGAACUGGCCGAGGCCGCGACGAGCUUCUACAAGAAGCUGGUGGCUGCUGACGCAUACAAACCCUCUGGCUCCUACGCAGGACCUGUCACACUCAUCAAAUCCACUGACAACUACGUGUCACUCGGCCCCGACUAUGGCCUCACUCCGAUUUGCAAACAGAAAGUUGAGAUCCAAUCAGUGAAGGGUAACCACAGGGAGAUUCUGACGGGUGACAGCGCUAGCAAGAUCGCCGACAUCAUCGCACAAUCCAUCAAAGCAUAAACGACUGAUACCUACAAAAUCUGUACAGAUCUAGUAGUCUAAAUGCUAGCACAAAGACUGUGUAACUGUUGGAAAGCAUCAUUCAAAAAUUCUCUAAAACAUAUUUUGUAUUUGAUUUAUUUUUUAUAUCAGUUUAAUUUAACUGAUUUUUUUUGUUAGGUGUCUAACGCCUAUUCAGUGAUUUAUUCAUUUUGAAAUCGGUUGUUUUCGAACCUGUCGAAUCUCAACAUUAUUGACUGUGAUGAAGUACGAUUGUAUUUAUUACCAUCUUGUAUAUAAUGAUGAGCAUGCAAUGUCGGAUAGGUUAGUGUAAGAGUUCUAUUUGUAUAUUUUGACGUCCCUUUGAGAGAUGAGUGAUGACAUGACUUUUUUUAUCCACCUAGGUUAGUUUUGUUUAGUCUUGAGGUAUUAUUAUAAAUAUUUAAACACACUAAAAACCAAAGUGAGGUCUACCUAGCAGGGCUUUAUACUUUUAUUGUUUUAUUUCAACGACUUCUCCUAUUCAUGUGAUGUUUUAAAUCAUUUUUUGUAACAUCACUUUAUAAAGUGUCUUUUGUUAUGUUUAUUUUUUAUGUUGAUUAACAUUUUCUAUUGUUGUAUAUAGCCUAACUUUGUAAUGUUUGUUGAGUUGCUUAAAAGCAAGUGUAACUGAAUUCUUUAUUUAUUAAGAAUAAAUUUCUAAGCUCAUA